AUGACAGAUAUUGUUCACUACCUUCUUGAACUAAAUAAUAUAUAUUCUAAUCAUAUUAAUCAUCGUAUUGGAUUUAAGGUUCACUCUUAAAUUAUUCAAUAGGAUUAUCGAUAGGCUUAAAGAUUUAAGAACAACUCCGAUAGAGUCAAAAGCAGUAUGUCUAUCUGUUUAAAUCUUUUUUUAGGGAUUCUUGUUCAUACAAUGAAUCAUUUGGUUAUAAGUUUCGAUUAGAACGAAAAUCAUUUUCAAUUAAAUUGUAAUCCUCUAAUUCUGGCUGAAACUCUUAACCUUAACCCAAAUUAAAUUGUGAUUGAUUAUUUCUUUACUUAUCUUCCUAUUUAUUUUUAAUUUAAAGCUUUGUUCGUUUGA